AGGAAUCACAAGCCUCAUGUUGGGGAAAGUGGGCCAUGUCGGCCCCAUGGAGAAGUCCUCCGUGGAUGCCGACGAGCUGGAUGAGCGGACGCGAUACCAGCUGAAAGCGAUCCUCCAAUUCCUGCAAGAGAAGGAGCUCAUCGAGAGCUUGGUGGCGCUGGAGAGCGAAACGGGUGUGAAGUAUGUGGACGGCGACCUGCCAGUGGCCGGGCUGCUCCAGUCCAGCCUGGACAUGUUCGGGCGGAGUGGUGCGUCCUCCGGAGCCGCCGCGGAGUUGGAGGAUGCGGAUGCCAAGGCCGCCGAAGAAGCCCUCCAGGCGCUCGCCGCGGGCGUCUGCUGCACCGGCGCCGCGCCCGGCGCCGCGGACGCGGCGCUGGCGGCGCUGGGCGCGAACGUCACGGCGGUGAAGUGGGCGCCGCGCGCGGAGCGCGGGGUCCUGGUGGCGACGGCGGAUCGGACGCUGCGAUUGGUAACGCCUCAGGGCGUGGUCGAGUACAAGGACUUGUCCUCCCCGCCCUUGGCGCUGGAUGUUUUCGAGCGCCAGGUGUUGGUGACUACGAUGGGUGGCGAGGCGCAACUCCUGCAGCUUUGCGGCUCAGGCUACCCUGAUGCGGAGCAGUUCACUUUCCAACACCUUCAGAGCUUCAAAGAUCAUCAGAAGCAGGUGACCUCCGGGCGCUUCGCCGAGGACGGCGAACACUUCGCGACGAUCUCCCGCGACCACAGCGCCAAGGUCUACCGCCGGGACCGAACGGGCAGCUUUGCCCUGCUGGGUGCCUGGACGAUGGCCGGAGAGGUCACCGCCUGCUGCUGGCUGGGCGACUCGCUGUUGCUGUGCGCGCGGGACGAUCACGAGCUGCACUACUUGACCCCGGGCGAGACGGAGCUGAAGGAGACCCUCCGCGUGAACCUCAACGCGCGGGGCGACCGCGUCGUCUCCUUCGCCAUUCUGGCGCUCUGCGUGGCGCCCAGCGGGACGAUGCUGGCCGCCUGCACCGACAAGUCGAGGGUCAUCGUCUUGCAGGCGCGCUCCAACCGGCAGCUCCGCAACCUCUACGGCGCGUCGGUGAACG